CACCUCACAACCAAGCCAGUUCAUACGUAAGCCCGCUUAGCAUUAUAAAAGGGAGGGAGACACGACUGCGACCAUACAACCGGCAGCACAGGAACUCAGUGCAAGUGUGUUUAUAAUUGAGAUAGCAGAGGAAAGCAAAUAGACAUGCUGGUGCUUUCUUUAACCGUUAUUAUCUUUGGAUGCCUUACAAGGGUAAGGAAAAUGUUUUCUCCACAUGCCCUUCGGUGUGCGAAUGUCCCCGGGAGACACCAAGAUGUGAGCUGGGAGUCAGCUUGGUGACGGACAGAUGCGGUUGUUGCAAGGUCUGCGCGAGACAGCUGAAUGAAGACUGCAGCAACACGGAGCCGUGUGACCACAUCAAAGGACUUCAGUGUAAUUUCGGGGCUAGCUGGGGUGCAACUAAAGGCAUAUGUCGAGCCAAACUCGAAGGAAGACCUUGUGAGUUCAACAACAAAAUGUAUCAGAAUGGAGAGACUUUUCAGCCAAGUUGCAAGCAUCAGUGCACUUGCAUAGACGGUGCCGUGGGGUGCGUUCAAUUGUGUCUUCAGGAGCUUUCAAUACCUGCCCUCGGGUGUCUCAACCCCACAUUGGUCAAGGUGCCUGGCCAGUGCUGUGACAAGUGGGUCUGCGAGGAUACAGACAACCUGAAAGUGAAGAAAGGCCAAACCAAAGCUGGCCAACCUGACGAAAACCUCACACAGAAGAAUAAGAUGUUUUCAAGGUUCAAAGGAAAGCCUCAAGCAGCUUUCAGAGGCCCGCCUGUGACCCGCAUAUUGUCUUCUGGUCAGAAGUGUGUCACUGAUUCUACCAGCUGGUCUCCAUGCUCAAAGACCUGUGGCGUUGGGGUCUCCACCAGAGUCACCAACAACAAUCCACAGUGCAAGCUGGUGAAGGAGUCACGCAUUUGCCAAGUGCGGCCAUGUUCUCCAUUCCCUCAGUCUGGUUUAAAGAGAGGGAAGAAGUGCAGUCGCACCGAAAAACCUAAGCAGCCAGUGAAGCUGACGUACGCAGGUUGCAGCAGCAUGAAAAAAUACUGGCCAAAAUAUUGUGGUUCAUGCCUGGAUGGACGGUGCUGCCACCCAGAGCAAACUAGAACCCUGCCCGUGCAGUUCCAUUGUGAUAAUGGGGAAACCUUCAUCAAGGACGUGAUGAUGAUCCAGUCUUGCAAGUGCAGCUCAGACUGUCCCCUCAGAGUUGAGGGCCCCCUCCCAAUGCACAGGCUGGAGAAUGACAUGCACAGGUUUACGAAUGAGUGACAAACAGUUAGGUACAUGAUAAAUUGAACCUCCUGUUAGACAAGAUUGCAUGAGCUGUCUGGAGGAAAUCUUGAUAACAUAUGCAAAGAAGUGUGGUAUUUUUUUUAAUAUUACUUCAUAAUAUUGGAGUGUCAGUAUUAGCUUCAUGUUGGAGCAUAACUAUUAUCUUUUAUGAAUUCAUAUUUUUUGUAUUGACUUGUGUGUGUGUGUCUUGUUUAUCAGAAACAAUACAUGAUCUUGUGACUGUAGGGUUUGUGCUCGGUUAGGCAGCCUGUCCGUUUUAGACCACAUGCUGCUUCCUUUGGUAUAUAUAAAGUAACUAGAGCAGGCAUUAGUGGCAGCUGCCUUUGUGUUUAUGAAUGCAUUUUGUUAUUUUUUCAUAUUUAUUUAUUAAUAAGAAAAGCAUAUUUUUAUACUAUACUUAUAUUUUAUUUUAUUUAUGUUGCUUCUGCGGUGUGAAUAAAAGUUUAUUUAUAAAAAAAAUGUGUUUGUACAGUUUGUCUUUUAUCAAUUGAAAUGUGAAGCUAAAGUGAUGCGGAAAGCUCUACAAACUGUAUGAAAAAGUCAAAAAUCUGAGAAUAAUAAUGAAUAUAACAUGAUGACAAUCAACUUUGUAAAAAAAAAGAAAGAAAAACA